CGUCUGCCUGUUCUUGAGCACCCUGACCUUCUUACCUAUAUUGGCCUUCUUCCCUCAAUCUUAGAAAAAUGGGCGAUGGACAAAAAAAAACCGAACUUUACGAUGCUUCACAACGCCCAUCCUCCUUGAAUGAGAGGAUCCUCUCAUCAAUGUCAAGGAGAUCGGUUGCUGCUCAUCCUUGGCAUGAUCUUGAGAUUGGACCUGGAGCUCCUCAAAUUGUCAACUGUGUUGUUGAGAUAACGAAAGGAAGUAAAGUUAAGUAUGAGCUUGACAAGAAAACUGGGCUGAUUAAGGUUGACCGUGUCUUAUAUUCAUCUGUGGUGUAUCCUCAUAACUAUGGAUUCAUUCCCCGUACCCUAUGUGAAGACAAUGAUCCACUGGAUGUUUUAAUCCUCAUGCAGGAACCAGUAGUUCCUGGCUGUUUUCUUCGAGCCAGGGCCAUUGGGCUGAUGCCCAUGAUUGAUCAGGGAGAGAAUGACGAUAAGAUCAUUGCUGUAUGCGCUGACGAUCCAGAAUAUCGACACUACACUGACAUCAAAGAGCUUCCACCUCAUAGACUAGCUGAGAUCCGGCGAUUCUUUGAAGAUUAUAAAAAGAAUGAGAACAAGGAGGUUGCCGUGAAUGAUUUCUUACCUUCAAGUUCUGCUCAUCAAGCUGUCCAGCAUUCCAUUGACCUUUAUGCUGAGUAUAUACUGCAGAGCUUGAGGAGAUGAGCAAAUGGGGGCAUAUUCCAUAAUAAUUCAUUUGUAUGGAUGGCGAUUGAAAAAGAAAGGGGUGGCUGCAUACCUCAUAAUUUUUGUACUAAGCAAUUUUCUAAGCUUGUAAGGCUAAAUAAUCCUAUGCCAACAAAAUAAAGGUGAAGUCUUGUUAUUUGAAUCAGUUGUUUGUGUUGCCAUUCGAUUGAGUUGUAAACCCUUGAAAUUAAGAUCCAUUUUUUUCUCAUU